AUGGUGAUUUGUGAGGCACACAUUCCUAUCGUCAGUGAGGCACACAUUCCUAUCGUCAGUGAGGCACACAUUCCUAUCGUCAGUGAGGCACAUAUUCCUAUCGUCAGUGAGGCACACAUUCCUAUCGUCAGUGAGGCACACAUUCCUAUCGUCAGUGAGGCACACAUUCCUAUCGUCAGUGAGGCACAUAUUCCUAUCGUCAGUGAGGCACACAUUCCUAUCGUCAGUGAGGCACACAUUCCUAUCGUCAGUGAGGCACACAUUCCUAUCGUCAGUGAGGCACACAUUACCCUAUCUGAGGCACACAUUCCUAUCGUCAGUGAGGCACACAUUCCUAUCGUCAGUGAGGCACACAUUCCUAUCGUCAGUGAGGCACACAUUCCUAUCGUCAGUGAGGCACACAUUCCUAUCGUCAUUGAGGCACACAUUCCUAUCGUCAGUGAGGCACACAUUCCUAUCGUCAGUGAGGCACACAUUCCUAUCGUCAGUGAGGCACACAUAACCCUACCGUCAGUGAGGCACACAUUCACUCACCUAUCGUCAGUGAGGCACACAUUCACUUAA